AUGAGGUUCAAGAUGAUGAUCUACCCGGAGAUGGUCAAUGAGGGCAAAGGUGGCAGCUGCUUCAGGAAAUCCAAAGGACGAGGCUAUGUGCAGAUCAAAUGCGAAGCCGAGCUUGAGGAGUCUGUGGCGUGGGUCUCAUUUCGAAUCUCCAUCGGCAGUGGCAGUAAGACCGUUGGACCUCGGGGGCCGAGAUAUCACAACUUCUCGCAGAGUGCGGUCACCGGCCUCGAGGAGGGCCCAACCAAAGAUGAGCAUAUCUGGGACUUCACCGAAGUUUUGGAUGAAGCAUCUCAGACAUUCGUGGUUUGCUUGGAGAUUGUACCUGGAGGCAAAGGUCCUGGCAAGUAG